ACAUACAUGCGAGCACUCUGGCACUGCCAUCACCACAGCUGUGCUGUCGUUGCGAAACAUGCUGUUCUGUCCGACAGAUGGGAGCCUUCUCAUGGUUGAGAGUGGACCCCAGGGCUGGACGAGAUUCUGCUGCCAGACGUGUCCGUACAUCCACCCCAUGGAGCCGUCGGACAAAAUCACUCGAAAGAUCGCGCUUAAGAAAAAGGCAGUGGAUGACAUCAUGGGAGGAGAUGACGCUUGGGCAAACGUGGACAAGACCCAGACGACAUGCCCGUUCUGUAACAACAAGGAGGCGUUCUUCUUGAUGGUGCAGCUGCGCUCCGCGGACGAGCCCAUGACCUGCUUCUACAAGUGCACGAACUGUAAACAGCGGUGGAAGGAAUGAAACGUGAUUGUGCCGCUGCCGACGAGCAGCCCGUUUUUGUCCGUCUCCGUUCUUGUUCUAUUUACCUGUGUGAAACCUGUUGGUGUUUUCUUGUAGGUGAAGUCGGGUGUCUGUCUGAUGCCAAUAAAUGCUUCGCCUUUGUGUGUUUUCGGUGUGUGUGUUUGUUCUUCGUAGGAGUCGGGCACGGUUUGGUGUUGCCCUACAAAUUGUCAUGUGACGAACUGUGUGUGCAUCGCGCCUUGGUAUGUCUAUUGGUUCGCCUGGCCUGGACGGCAGGAUACCAGAUUUCCUUGUGGGCGGUGUUUAUUUUGCUGUGCUGCUGCGUAUGUGUUGCAGCUGCAGCAGGACACGUGCUGCUGCCUUACGGUGCCUUACCUUAAUGCCUCCAACGAUGGGGCGAACUGUGCACUGCUGCGCUCUUCGCAUCUGUUUCUACCCGCCCUGCUGCUUUAGCAUGUUUCCGAUUUUUGCCUCGAUCGUGUCUCGUCUUGUGUAGUGUUCGCCCUGCAGGCAGAGGUGGCCGAUAGGGCUUGGCUCUGCAGGCCAUUUUUACGUAGAUUUCCCAUGUUGCAUUUUUCUUAUGUUUGUGACCACGGAAGGCGUCCGCGUCAAUUUGACCUGCACUAAGCCAGAGACCUGAAGAGUGUUGAAUGCUAAGACAUGAGCAACUACGACGGUUGCACAAGCACGGCGUUCAUGAUAAGAUUCCUUCGUGCAAUAGCCCUCCACGGCUCUCCAAGAUUGUGCUCUCUCUUUUCCGGUAGCCACUGUAAGACAUGAUGAAUGAAGGUUAAUGGCCAAUGUUGGAAAGGCAUUUAUAAUAAUGAACGGUGUGACUCGAGCGAUUAGAACUCAUGUGCUCGCACCGCUUUUCCUGAUCUUGGAAUUUCUUUUGCGACACAGUUGUCGGCGUGUUUCAGCUUUUGGUCGGAGUACGUGCUGCUUUAGGAGGCAAUCUUGGCUAUGGCGAGUCUCGGUUUCUGGAGCCGACCACCAACAUGCUCAUGAUGUGCACCGGUUAGGGCGCAGAUCGUGUGUAUCACGCCUUAAGAGCACCCUUGCGAUGCAAACCACAUCUGAG